GUAAAUGUUAAAAUUUCCACUUUUCUGAACACUUUCUGAGAACUAUCAUCCUUGUUGGCUUACAGUCCAUCAGUUAAGGAAGAUUAUGGGAUAUGAUCAAAAGCUACAGAAAUGGCUCUUGUGAUGAGAUUGUUUUGCCAACUACUGUUUAUGGGGUCAAGAAUGAACUUUCGGUCGCAAACUCUGCAUUUACCUGACAAUGAUCUCUGUGAAAAUGAUGAUGUGCGUGUCUUGGAAGGAAAGUUGGAUGUAGUGUGACAGUGUUAAUCUCAUUUUUCCUCUCUCUAUUUUCCUCCUUGUCUGUCUGUCUCUCCUGCUUCGUCUGUCUCCUCCCCUCUGUCUCUAUCUGUUGCAAGGCUACACACUGAUAUUUGCAGAGCUGUCCUGCACACCAACCUUUGUUUCCAGUAAACUCUGAAUCUAUUAAUAGACUGUGUGUGUGUGUGUGUGCGUGUGUGUGUGUGUGUGUGUGUGUGUGUGACAAAGACAGAGGGAGAGUGUUUGUGGAAGUUAUUGGACAGACAGAGUUAACCCCCAGCACUUAAAGCAGGAUUUUGUGUAUCACUGGCUGUCCCUGUGAGCACAGAUAAUACAGGAUCAUGAUUUACGUGGCAGAGGUCACCUGGCAGUAAUGUUUGUGUGGAUCAGAGAAAGGAAAACCCUGAUUGGUCCAGAGCAGUGAGCAGGAAGUGUUGACCUCUGUCCUUCCUCCAGCUUGGCACCAUGGGAUCAUCCACACUGGGAAAGGCAGCAUCUCUUGAUGCUCUCUUAAAUGAAUGCAUUCAUGCAUUUGAUGACAAUGGGGAGCUGCAGGCCAGCCUCCUUCCUCGCAGCCUGCUUUUGAUGCAUCGCUGGUACGUUACAUCCUCAGAACUAGCGGGAAAACUACUAAUAAUGUACCGUGACUGCAAAGGUGACAACUGCCAGAGAACCAGGCUGAAGAUUUGUUAUUUAAUGAGGUACUGGAUAGUGACAUUCCCUGCGGAGUUCAACCUGGACUUGGGUCUCAUCAGGAUAACAGAGGAGUUCAGAGACGUGGCUGCUCAGCUCGGCUGUGAGGAGCAUUUCAAACUCAUCGACAUCUCCACCAUCCCAUCGUAUGACUGGAUGCGUAAAUUAACCCAGCGGAAGAAACAGGCAAAGAAAGGCAAAGCCUCAUUGCUGUUUGACCACCUGGAGCCCAUGGAGCUGGCUGAGCAUCUCACCUUCCUGGAGUUCAAGUCCAUCCGGAGGAUAUCGUUCACUGAUUACCACAGCUAUGUGAUCCACGGCUGCCUGGUGGAGAACCCGACUCUGGAGCGGUCGAUUGCUUUGUUCAAUGGAGUCUCGCAGUGGGUCCAGCUCAUGGUGCUCAGCAAGCUAACACCUCAGACCAGAGCAGAGGUCAUCACCAAAUACAUCCAUGUGGCUCAGAAACUUCUGCAGCUGCAGAACUUCAACACUCUGAUGGCAGUGGUGGGGGGGCUGAGCCACAGCUCCAUUUCUCGACUGAAGGAGACUCACUCUUAUCUAGCUGCAGAGGUCGUGAGGAUCUGGAGCGAGAUGACGGAGCUGGUCUCUUCCAACAACAACUACUCCUGCUACCGCAAGGCCUUCAAUGAGUGCCAGGGUUUUAAAAUCCCCAUCCUGGGCGUGCACCUCAAGGACCUCAUUGCAGUACAUGUGGUCUUUCCUGACUGGGUUGAUGACAGUAAUAAGGUUAACCUGGUGAAGAUGCAGCAGCUCUACAUGACCUUCAAUGAGCUGGUGUCAUUGCAGAGCGCAGUGGCCCAAGUGGAGCCCAACAUGGACCUCAUCUACCUGCUAACGCUUUCUUUAGACCUUUAUUACACAGAAGAUGAAAUUUAUGAGCUGUCAUUGCUAAGGGAACCACGCAACCCCAAAUCAUUGCCUACCUCUCCAACAACUCCCAACAAGCCCCUGGCUCCACUGGACUGGGCCUCCGGUGUCACCACCAAACCAGACCCCUCUGUGGUCAACAAACACAUCAGGAAAGUGGUGGAUUCUGUGUUCAGGAAUUAUGACCAUGACCAUGAUGGCUAUAUUUCUCAAGAAGACUUUGAGAGCAUCGCUGCUAACUUUCCUUUCCUGGACUCCUUCUGCGUUUUGGACAAAGAUCAAGAUGGUUUGAUCAGUAAGGAUGAGAUGAUAGCAUAUUUCCUUCGAGCUAACCCACUGCUCCAGUGUAAGAUGGGACCAGGAUUCAUCCAUAACUUCCAGGAGAUGACGUACCUGAAGCCCACCUUCUGUGAACAUUGUGCUGGAUUUCUCUGGGGAAUCAUCAAACAGGGCUACAAGUGCAAAGACUGCGGUGUUAACUGUCAUAAACAAUGUCGGGAGCUGCUGGUUCUGGCCUGUCGGAAGCUGCUCCGCUCCAGCUCUCUGGGCAGUGUCUCCCCUGCCAGACUGACUCACAGCUCACUGCCCAGCAGCCCCGCACUGCCCGUCUGUAAAGACGAGGAUGAGGUGUUUGAGUUCCCAGCUGUCACACCAGCAGGUCCGGCUCUGGACACUCAGUCCAUCACCCUGAUGACUGGCUCAGCCCAGAGAAUCUCUGUGCGCCUGCAGAGGGCCACCACCAGCCAGGCCACCCAGACUGAGCCCCUGUGGCCCGAACACAGCUGGGGGACCACGGACGGUGGCUCCCACACAUUCCCCAAAAUGAAAUACCGGACUCACAGGAAGACCUCUAAAAAUAAAGGUUUUGCACGCUGGGAAAACCAGAAUGACGGUCAGCGGCAGGCACUUUCCUCACGGUGCAGCACAGACUCUCAGGAGAAGUCAGGCAUCUCUGGAGAGCUUGUACAGAACGGCAUCACACACAGAGGGAAGAACAGCUGACUUGGUCACGGUGGUGAGGGCCAGUCCCGGAGAUCCAGAAAGCCCCUGAUGGCUGGGACCAGGAAGCUAUUCUCUCUGGGGGAGGUGCUGGGCUGUCUGAGGUCCCCCUUCAGUGACCUGGAGUUAUCAUGUCCUCUCUAGACUUUAUAAUGCACAGAGCUGCAUGUGGACACCUGGUAGCUGCAGGGAAGGACGUAACGUGAUGUCUGAAGAGGUCUCAAAAAUCAUGGAGAGGAGCUCAAUGGAUAACGGACAAACACCCACUUUGGAUAACAUGGAACCUAACCUCCAUCUUGGAGAUCAGAGUAGAUUACUGCUCUCUAAGUAAGACAUAACCUGGGUUUAGGUGUUGAUCCAGGAUGCACGAUAAAAUCAGCACUUGACAAACUGAGAAGAAACAUUUUUAAACUUUACAACAGUGUAGGAUGAGUUGAGUUUAGUGGUUGAUCCCGGCCAGUUACUUUACAACACCCAGCUUUAAAAUCCAGCCUGGGCACAUGUGUCAAGCAAAAGACUACUGCUACAAGUUCUUUGUAUUACUUUGGAACAAACACAUUGGAAUGAACAGAGAAGGGAAGAUCCAGUAGAUGUGGGAGAAUAUGUAGAUAUUUCUACGUGGAGUUGCAAAAUAAAGGGAAAGUCAAACAGGAAGUGAAUGUUAAGGAUGUUAAUGAUGGACGAUUCUGCAGAACUCUGGAUUAUGUUCAAUGAUGAUGUUUUUUAAGAGCUCAUUGCAAACAUUUUUUAAAUUAUUUAUUUCUACAAUACCUGCAUUUGGCAACUACAGUAUGGUUAACCCCUUUUGUUUUCUGAAGGGUCAAAGUUAACUCAUUCAUGAGUUUAACAGCAGCUACAAGUAACAGCAGCAAGUUCAUGACCAUUCCUGGUUGGUUCAACUUCAAAACAUGAAUAAUUGUCCUUUUACAUGUCAAGAAUGUCUUUGAGUCUCUUUUGACAUUUAAAAAAUCUUUACAGAUUAAAUGGAGUAUUAAUAAAUCAUUUGUAACAGCUAUAAAGAACACAAAUGAGAAUGAGUAAGAAAGAGACACCAUGUGUGGUGAUGCUUUAAAAAACAAAACUGAUUUUGUGCAGAAUCAACCCUACCCCACACCUGACUCACAUAAAAUUAGAAACAAAAUAAAACCAUCUCUUACAGUGGACACAAGUACCAACGUUUCUCCUUUUGCUAAAGCCAUGAGCAGCACAUGUGAAAAGUGAUGAGGGAACUGAAUCUACCUGAGGCUGUGGACAGGGUGGGCAAGAUGAAGCCAAUUCUGACCCCAAAGAGGGACUGUGAAACAAACACAACAUGCUGCUAAUGGGAGAAAUACAUCUGUAAUGCUCAUGCAGGAAAACAUGUUAAUGAGAGAAAUAGACAGAUGCUUCGUAAAAUAAGAGUUCAAGAAAGUUAUUACUGUGUUUCCAAAGUUAUCACAAUAGUAUAAACAUUACACAUCAAUGACAGCAAAAAAUGUGUUUUGUGGUGAAAACUAGAGGGGUAGCCUACACUGAAUAAAUAAUAAUCUUUCUGCAUUGUGCAGAAGGAAAACACUUAUUCUCCAAGUUGUUAAGUGAAAGGUUGUUUAUGCUAAAAUGAUUUUUUUUUGUAGGGCAAGGAGAGUGUACAGAAUAUGAAGACAUCAGGAGGGUUAGAUUAGACAACUAAACACUUUAUUAAAGAGGAACUACACAUCAAAGUGUGUUGGGGAUUACUACUGAAUGUGUGAAAAAAUGGUAUAAAGCCUUUGUGUCUCCAGGGGGAGCUGUGUGAAAUCUGAUGAACUGCCUCAAGUGAUGUGACUUGAGUCAGAAUCUGGGGUUGUGGAGUUAGAAAGAAGUGAGGUAUCAGACCACUGUAGCCCACUCUUCAUCUCUGCUGGAGGCCAAACUGUCAGUGGUUCAAGUUGCGUUGUGGGUAUUGUAGGCGUCAGUUUUGCCAAGGAAGGAGAAUGCAUGGAAUAAAAAAGACGAUAUCCCUUGUUCUGCUGCAUCAAUUUUGAUUAAUUGUAAAAAAAAAAACAUUGUGAGUCACAUAGGACAUACAGCUCUGUGUAUUGGCAUUGAAUUUUUGCAAUGGAUGGAAAUUAGAUGAACAAAUUAUCUUUCAAAAUGCCACCACACACCUUCUCACACUGGCUAAUCAGCACAUUAUAUACAGUAGUGUGAAAUGGGGCACAGUGAUGUUUUGGUGGUAGGAGGUGGUAAAUCCAAAUCCAGCCUUUAAAAAAUAAAUCUGUGGGUAACAUCAAAGACCUCUGUGCUUCUUUACAGUCUAUGACUUGACAUUAAUGCAUGACACUUUUCUUACUGGUGAUGCUAGUGUUUUAAAGUGCUACAAAUUUAGAAACUACAAAUUUAGAAAGCUAAAAAGCAGUUCAUACACAGCUUCUUAGGAAAAGAAACAAAGUUGAACUCAAAACAGCUUUGUCCUAACUUGUAAUGUGACAGUUUAAAUAUCAUAAUAAUUUUAAUGCCAAAAUGAUGUGUGUGUGUUUUUUUAAAGCAUAUUGAACCA